GGCUUGCAUGAGCACAAACUGGCAACAAAUACAUCGUAGACACGAGGAACCAGAGAUACGCAUGGCAUGGUCCUGUCAUAUGUCGCUUCUGUGGCAGACGAAGCUGAACCCGGGCAGAAUGUGGACAAUGUAUUGGAAUGCACACUUCUAUGUGAAGCGGAUGAUUCUUGCAGGUCCAGCAGACUAAUCGAUGCAACACUUUGCAAAGUUCAAGGUGAUCCAGCACCUCGGGGCACUCCAUUGACCCCCCUUGCGGAGGAAGAUGCCUACAGCAAUGAAGGUCCCUUGAAAAGCUCCAGUGUCGGAUCUGUGCGGAAGGUUCUGCUGGUCACUUAUGCAUCUGGAAAGAUAUUUGAGGAAACUCAGCAGAAGUUACAUGAAAGCCUUGGCGUUGCUGAGAUUGAAGAGCAUUGGCGCUGGAACCGAUCAAGCUUUGAGUCGGGUCCUCACGGUGACUGGUAUAGGCGGCACCAGCGCGUCAAUUUUCAACGUGGAGGUGCUUGGAAGCCAUACAUUAUUUGGCAGGCGUUUCGUCGAGUGAAGUGGGGUGAGUGGCUGGUUUAUCACGAUGCUUCUAGGUACGUUCAGGACGCUCAGAUUGAUUCACUUUGCCUUGAACA